AUUUUACGCAGGCCGAAUCGGGUCAUCCGAUUUUUCGAAAACGAAACAAAAAACAAACCCACACACAGAAAAUUAUCCUUGAUUUUUCGAAAAAUAAAACAGAACAGUUAAACUAGAAUAAGUUAAAUGAAUAUCUUGGUUAUUAAAAAAGGACUUAAUCCCGGAAAGGAAACAAAAAUAGGUCGGUAAGAAAAUAAGGUGAAAUGGCGGUGGAAGCUAGAGUGCUGUUUUACAGUCAGGUGAUUACAAGAUGCAUCAAGGAUCCAUGCGUAAUAACUCGUCUCGAUGCAGAUUCAAUAAUACCUUCUGAUGAGUGUUCAAAGAUAAAGCAGAUGUAUACAGAUGGCAAUCCAUUUAAAGCCAAUGAAGAGAUGAUAACCUGUCUUCAAAAAUCACCUAAGAGAGGGAAAUGGAUAUCGCUAUUUAAUGCUUUAGAUGAUUUAGAAUACAAGCAUCUCAAGUCCUUACUUGAAGCAGACGGUAAACCAAAUGUGACAGAUGAACGUGAAAGGGCAAUCAUAAGAGUGUUUACACCUUACCUAGAAAGUACAAUUUAUGCAAUGGAUAUCGUUGAUGAGCUUUUUUCAAGAAAGGUGAUUAAAUACACGGAUUCCGAAUUUAUUCGUGCAAAAUAUCAGACAAUGGGGAACACAUAUGCAACAAUCGUGCUUUUAGAGAGGAUGCAGUGCAGACUGGAUCCAGGCGAAUGGUAUUAUGAAUUUCUUGAUGUAUUGGUUCAUAAAAACCUAAAACACGUUGUGGAAGAAAUUGAACCGGACUUCCUACAAUGUCCCGAUCAAUUCCGACCUUUUAAUGAAAGACAAAGGGAAUGCGAAGGAAAUGUCCCAAUUAAUGAGUCAUACGAUACAGAAGUGCCAGGAUGCAGCACCGCUGGCGACGUAUAUGAACACAUGCUGACAGAUUGCGGAGAAGCUGCUGAAGAAAUGGACGAAAGUGUCCCUGAACCACUGGACGAUGAGGAAAAAUGAUCCUGACUCGUCUAGUGAUUUGAAAACAAAAGAGACAAACGAUUUUAGUAUUUCCAAAGAUGGGCUGUGCAAAUACACAAACACACAAAACAGUAUAAUAAAUGAGACAGAAUCUGGAGGCACAUGCGCUUUAAACAAAUUAGCAUUUCAGGCACUUGGGACAAGACCAGCCCCAGAAGGACAAGCGUUAUCUUGCCCUGACUCUACUGGCCAAAACGAAACG